AAUGUCACAAAAUGUGGUGACAGCUGUUCUGCUGUGAAAACAUCAAAAUUUGUCUUUUUGUAAAUACGAGGAAAAUAAUUAAUAAAUAAAUUUGAAAAAAAUGGAGAGCUCAGAAGAAUUAAUGUCGUUACUAAAUGAUAAAGUAAAUUUUGGCGAAAAUCUUGUGAUAAAAUUGGAGCCUCUUGUUGAAAUAGACGGAGUUAUGAAAUUACAAAGGAAAAUUAAGCAAGAAAUUGAAUUCUUAAGAAAGCUCCAAAGAUCCAAGAAAGUAAAAAUCGAACAACUAUCGUGUUCAAAUCUUCGGCAUCUAGGCGCGAUGGUCGAGUCCGCUCUGAGGCCUGGUGUCAUUGCCGUCUGUAAAAUCUUUCACACAAACGAUAAUACUAAACUUGUUAUUGAUAUAAUUAGCGAUGAAGGCCGAGUGUGGACUAAAGUUAUCGCUAGAAAUCCUAAGUCUCUCUCAGCGCUGAGUGCAGGCAAGGCUUCAUAUGGAGCUCGGUCAAUACUGGAUCAAGCUGAGGACUACCUGGAGUGUGCUAAGCUAUACCCUUGCAUGUAUCAACCUCCCAAAGUCAUAUUUGAAUUCAUGAGUGGCAUAGAGGAGAAUUUGGCAAAUAAAUUGAAAGCUGUUGGUGUGAUAGUUAAGGGAGAAAUACUGCCCAAUUCUAACCCCUGUGAUGAUAGUAAUGACUCUUGGAGUGAAGAGUCUGAUGAUGAAGAGUGCCUUCAAGACAGCCAGGAAAUGCCACAAUGUAUGGAUGAGCAUCCAGAGAUUAAAACUCUGAACCUAGAUGUGACAGCCAUGAUGGCUUAUGUGAGCAAUAUGACAAAUGGACACUGCAACUAUGUCUUCAAGCAAGAAGUUCUCACUCAGCAGUCGGCUUGGGAGGCUGAGAGGCCAGUUAAACCUAUUUUGGAAAGAUUAUUUAAAGAUAAGACAUUGGUUUGCUGCCGAACAGCAUGGGAUGAUUUUGAAAAAAUCAUAAGUAACUUGGGAGGACCCAUGGAGAUUAAAAGAACUGAGGAACUGAAGAACAUGAUCAGAGUCUUUCCUGAUGAUUAUGGUGGUGAAGAUGAUUUUCCUAGGAAGAAUUUAAAAGUUAGAGGUCACGUCAGAUUAAGAUCCAAAAUAAUUUUUAAUUUUGGCCAUAGAAUUAAAGCCCUGACUGUGUCAGCUAAUGAAGGAUUUAUUAGAGCUGCCAUGCAACAGGGCAUCACAUAUGCAUCAUUUGUUCAUGAAUCAAGGGCUCUAACAGAAGGCAAAGAACCAACGGCAACAAAAAUCUCAUUAUGAUAUGAUUUAUUUUAUAGUUGAAUAAUAAAAAUUAUAAAUAAACUAAGAAAUUUGUAAAUAAUGUAAAAUUAUAAAGUGUUCUACAUUCAUUGUUGCCAGGAUUCUGUGAAAUAAUUGAGUGAUUAUAUAUAUAUAUAAACUUAUAGUUGCAUAAACUCUGCAUUUAAUUUUAAUAUGUACUUCUGGAGUGUCAUUUUUUAAAACAUCAAUUUCAUUUGCUGAAACCCUGCAUUGAAUCAACUAAACCAGGAGGGUCUUUUAAAACAAUUUAAUUUUGUCCUGAUCUCACUUCUCACAUCCAGUGUUUUAGCUUUUAUUACCUACAUAACUAUUCAUUUUACUACAUAAUUAAUAAUGAAGAUCAUAUUAUAACUAUUUGGUGACUUUUUAAUUUUUUGCAUAUGUUACGUACAUUUCAAUAGAUCAGUAGUUGAAAUUAAAAACUUUCAUUUCCACUUAUUGUUGUAACUUGUUAAUUUAGUCUAGAGUUUAUUCAGAUGAGUAGCUACCGUUGGUUGAUUUUAUUACCACCUUUAUAUAGAAAUAUCUAAUCUAAUUAUGUUUAGUGGCUAAUUCUGUGAUCAAAUGGUAUGGGUGUAUGUAAGGCUGUAAACCUUUAAUAAAUUGGUGUAUCCUACAGCAAA